AUGCCUUCCGAAAACUCCUCGCAGAGCUCUAAGGGCAACAAGAGCUCGAGCAAGUCUCACGCUCACUCUGACCAUAGCCAGUCCACCUCCAAGCCGUCCACCAUUGCCGUGCCUCGGGAUCAGUGGGCCCAAGCCCAAGCACAACAACAGGUCGACGACUACAACCAGUACACAAAAAUGUGGAUGUACAGCAACCAGGGGGAAUCCGGCCCAUACCAUGCCAUCGGACAAGUCGAAGCAAACGACCCGUACUAUGCCGAGGGUGACAACUCCGGAUACUAUGCGCCGUCCGCUGCGACCCAGGGUUCCUCCAAGCCCAAAGCCCACCACAAGGACCACGAUCACCACAGCAGCAAGAAGAGCGGCCACAAGAAGUCUUCGAAGCACAAGUAA